AUGCUAAAGUCGAUCAGCGGCGGCGUGGCAUCCACGGAAAGAGGAGGAACAAGUGGCAGUGGAAGUGGACCUGGAAGCGCCAGUGGAAGUGCCAGUGGAAGCAGAAGCGCCAGCGGUAGUGGGCGUGCCAGUUGCGGCCUGGGAUCCAGUUCCAUUUCAAGCGGCCUGAGUGCAGUUUGCGGAUUCGUCAGCGGUGGUAUCGUGGGCGGCGGAGGUGGUGACCGUGACCGCGACCGCGACCGAGAUCGAGGCAGCGGCAGCGCCAGUGGCGGCAGCACACCCGCCGGCGUCCUCUAUUGUCCCGCCUGCGUAGCGGCCGCCCAGCAGCAGAACCCGAAUCCCAGCCCUCAGCCCAGCCCACAUCACGAGGGCUUCUUUUCGCGCAGCUCCAGCAAGUCGAGCAAGCGGAAUAAGGCAAGGAAGAGUGCCUCCACGGCCGGUUGUUUGGACGCCCAGCACAUACGCUCGAAUCUCAGAAUGUCUACGUCUAGUUCUAUGAGGAGCACCCGUGGCGGCUCUGCCAGUGGUGGUGGCGGCGGUGGUGCUCCCCUGGCGGGCUCUUCGCAUGCACCGGGCAGUAAUUGCACUGGAGCUACUGGUGGCUCAGGCUCAGCCUCUGGUUCCGCUUCGGGAUCCUGUGGCAUGGCCUAUGAUGCAGCCAGCAAUGCCAGCAGUGGCAGCGGCAGUGGCAAGGCCGCUUCGCCGGGCAGCUAUAGCUGCAAUGCUCUCAACGUGGACUUUUCGUCCUACACAGCAACACACCAAUGGACCCGGAUGCUGGAAUGCGCCGAAUUUGUGGGAGCCAAACGAAGCAAACACACAGUGGUGGCCUACAAGGAUGCCAUGUUUGUCUUUGGCGGCGACAAUGGCAAGAACAUGCUAAACGACCUCAUUCGCUUUGGUGUGAAGGACAAGUCCUGGGGCCGUGCCUGUGCAACGGGAACACCACCAGCGCCUAGAUACCAUCAUUCGGCGGUUGUAGCCGGCAGUUCGAUGUUCAUCUUUGGCGGCUACACAGGCGACAUACACUCCAACUCGAAUCUGACCAACAAGAAUGAUCUGUUCGAGUACAAGUUCCAGAGUGCCAUGUGGGUGGAAUGGAAGUUCUCGGGACGUCAACCUGUGCCACGUUCUGCCCACGGGGCAGCUGUCUACGACAACAAAAUGUGGAUCUAUGCGGGCUACGAUGGCAAUGCUCGACUGAAUGAUAUGUGGACACUUAACCUGACUGGUGAGAACCAUCAGUGGGAGGAGGUGGAUCAGCAGGGUGAUCGUCCACCCACCUGCUGUAAUUUCCCCGUGGCAGUGGCCCGCGAUGCCAUGUACGUUUUCUCUGGACAAAGUGGCCUGCAGAUAACCAAUUCCCUGUUUGAAUUCCACUUUAAAACCCGCACCUGGCGUCGUAUUUCCAAUGAGCCCGUAUUGCGGGGCGCCACAUCAGCACCACCAUCACGAAGAUAUGGCCAUACAAUGGUCCAUCACGAUCGAUUCCUGUAUGUCUUUGGGGGAUCAGCAGACUCGACGCUGCCCAAUAACUUGCAUUGCUAUGAUCUGGACUCACAGGUGUGGUCAGUUAUACAGCCGGAGCGGAAUUCGGAUGUGCCCUCGGGCCGGGUUUUCCAUGCCUCGGCCGUCAUUGGUGAUGCCAUGUAUAUAUUCGGUGGAACGGUGGACAAUAGCGUGCGACGAGGUGACACCUAUCGCUUCCAGUUCUCCUCCUAUCCGAAGUGCACGUUGCGUGACGAUUUCGGCAAGUUCUUUCAGGAGAAGCAGUUCUGCGACAUUCAGUUUAUUGUGGGCGCAGAGGAGAUACGCAUUCUGGCCCACAUUGCCUUUGUGGCCGCACGGUCCAAGUAUUUGAGGAACAAGAUAUUGGCCGCCCGGGAGGCGCGUCAACAGCAAAUGGAGAAAGUGUAUGGCGUGGGACAGGUGGACGCACAGGCCUUAAAUACGGGAGCGGGCGGGGACCGCGGCCCAAUGCUAGAGGUUCGCCUGGCUCAUGCCUCACCAGAGGCCUUUGAUAUCAUCCUUAACUACAUCUAUACGGAUCGGAUUGAUCUAAAGGAUUCUUAUAGCAAGAACAUCAUCAUACUCAUUACGGACAUUUACCAAUUGGCGGGUUUGUUCACUAUGCCGCGGCUGGCCCAUGGCUGCAUUCAGUAUUUGGACUACAAGAUCAAUAAGCUUAAUGUCCUGGAGGCACUCUACAAUGCGGAUAAGAGCAACAUAAAGAUCAUCAAGGAUCAUUGCAUGCAGUUUAUCAUCAAAGAGGAAAACUUCACCGAGGUGGUAAUGUCAAGUGAAUUUAGCGAUUUGGACAAGCCUCUGUUGGUGGAAAUCAUCAGAAAACGUUUGCAUCCCAGCAAACUGGUAAUGGAUACCAGUUUUGAGUCCAAUAUAGGAACCACUUUGGAGAUUGAUCUGUGCCUCUUUUUGGAGUCAACUGGCAAUGAUUUCUGCGAUAUAAGCCUCAUACUGGAGGAUCAUGUGAUACCGGCCCACAAGUCUGUGUUAUCAUCACGUUGUACCUACUUCCAGGGCAUGUUCCGUUCGUUCAUGCCACCGGAUAAUACCGUCAAUAUUCAAAUUGGCGAAAUUUCCCCCUCACUGGAGGCAUUCCAUUCGUUGCUUCGCUACAUUUAUUAUGGCGAAACGAAAAUGCCACCACAGGAUGCACUGUAUCUAUUCCAGGCGCCCUGCUUUUAUGGUUUGGCUAAUAAUCGAUUGCAUGCCUUUUGCAAAUACUCACUGGAGCAUAAUAUUACAUAUGAGAAUGUAUUGCAAACGCUGGAGGCAUCGGACAUUACCAAGAUCUAUGACAUCAAGGAGUAUGCCCUUAAGCUGAUCGUUAAAGAUUUUGCCAAGGUGGCCAGGCUGCCAAAGAUAGCUGGUUUGUCGCGCGAACUGUUGCUGGAGAUCAUACGCGCUGUGGCCGAUUCGCACGGCGAGUUUCUGACGCGGAUCAAUAUCAAUACAGAUAUCUGAAAACUGGUGCUGCUCCAGCCGGCAUUGCAGUUGUUGCUCGCCUGGUUGCAAAUCGGACGUAGCACGUAGUGCGGCAGUAGCGGUUGGCAGCGCCGAACGAUCAAAACGAACGAAACGAACAAAACCCUCCAUUUACAUGCAUUACCCAUCGCCAUCAUCGAACUUUCAUUGCAGAGAUCACACGGAUCAGCUCAGCUCCACGAUGGGUCCUUAGAGCGGCCUAGAAAGUAGCGUCACAACAAACGCAAAUUGUAUACUUCAUAUUCUUAUAUAUAUAUCGAUAUAAGGGAUGUCUGAAAAAGGUUGAUAUUUAAAGCAUUAUUUGAUAUUUGCAUAAUAUAAGUGAUAAUUCCAUUUUCUGUUUGAUAUACAAACUUAAUUUAAUUGGAAAAAAUACGAAUUUUAAAUAAUUAUCGAUAUUGUCGAUAUUUUAACGUUAUAUGCAAUGUUUUUCUAUAUUUAAAAUUGUAAAACUUUAAAGUUAAGAUUAAUUUCUACAUGUUACUGAUCCUUUCGGAUUUUUUUUAUAUGCAUCCCUAAUCGAUAUAUAUAUGUAUAUAUAUAUAUAAUACCCCAUGUAUGUGUACACAAGUAUUAACCUUAAAAAUCGCACCUCAAAGCUAAUCUAUACUUUUUCAAAGGCUUAUACAAACCGUCAUCCAAAUACAGCUGAACUUCUGUUGCAGUAAAAUCGAAAAACCAAAAGAAAGCAAGCAUAAACUAGCUAAAUAUUUGGAUGGUUUAUAUAUACACUUUUUGAUAUUUCUUAAACUUCAAGCGAACUCUGUUUUACAUUUUAAAUAUAAAGAAAAGAUGGUAGAUCACGCUAGCAAAACAUUUCCCUCUCUCUAGCCCAUAGCUAAUAGAUAAAGAAAAGCUAACAAACUUGCUAAAUUUGUAAGACUUAGUUAAACAAAAUUGUUAAACAUGCGAAGUUCAACUGUAUUUUGAAACAAAAA